UCAAGUCCUUGGGUUGCUGGGACGGCGGGUCGCCGCGAAGACAGUCCCCGCCCGCCGGGUGGGCGGGCCCAAGGAGACCGCCCUGCUCUUCCCCCCGGGCCUUGAUUGGUCAGCGUCGCCCUUGCGCGAUGACGUCGUGCCUGGGCGGAAAGCUUGCGAGAGUAGCGCGGGAGCUGAGAAGUUGGAGGGUUGGGUUGGUCCCGGCAAGGCUUUGAGCGGUUUGUUCCGCUGUCUUCCCGCUUCCUGGUGCCCCGACUGCGUCCCCACGAACGCCCCGUCCUUACCGCCGGCUGCUGUGGAGUGCCUCGCUGUCUCCCAGGUCCCCGAGUUCCUGGUUUCAGAGAAGAUGACCGAAGAACUGGAUUUCCUGGGACAGGACUCUGAUGGGGGUAGUGAGGAAGUGGUCCUAACUCCUGCAGAGCUCAUUGAAAGAUUGGAGCAGGCCUGGAUGAAUGAAAAGUUUGCCCCUGAGCUGCUGGAGAGCAAGCCUGAGAUUGUAGAAUGUGUCAUGGAACAGCUGGAGCACAUGGAAGAAAAUCUCAGGAGAGCCAAAAGGGAGGACCUGAAGGUCAGCAUCCACCAAAUGGAGAUGGAGAGGAUCCGCUACGUCCUCAGCAGCUACUUGCGGUGUCGCCUCAUGAAGAUAGAGAAGUUUUUCCCUCAUGUCCUUGAGAAGGAAAAAACACGUCCUGAGGGGGAGCCUUCCAGCCUCUCGCCAGAAGAGUUGGCCUUUGCCAGAGAGUUCAUGGUGAACACAGAGUCCUAUCUGAAAAAUGUCGCCUUGAAGCACAUGCCCCCUAACUUACAGAAGGUGGACCUCUUUCGGGCAGUUCCCAAACCAGAUCUAGAUUCUUACGUGUUUCUGAGAGUGAGAGAACGACAAGAAAACAUACUGGUAGAACCAGACGCAGAUGAGCAGAGGGACUACGUGAUUGACCUGGAGAAGGGCUCACAGCACUUGAUCCGAUACAAAACCAUUGCACCUCUGGUUGCAUCUGGAGCUGUCCAGCUAAUUUAAAACUAGGCAUAAACAGCCAGGCAUGGUGGCUCAAGCCUGUAAUCCCAGCACUUUGGGAGGCCGAGGCGGGCAGAUCAUGAGGUCAGGAGUUCGAGACCAACCGGACCAACAUGGUGAAACCCCAUCUUUGCUAAAAAUACAAAAUAAUUAGCCGGGUGUGGUGGUGUGCACCUGUAAUCCCAGCUACUCAGGAGGCCGGGGCAGGAGAAUCACUUGAACCUGGGAGCAGGAGGUUGCAGUGAGCCGAGGUCGUGCCAUUGCACUCCAGCCUGGGUGACAGCGAGACUUCGUCUCAAAAAAAAAAAAACUAGGCAUAAACUCAUGAGGUCAGGAGAUCAAGACCAUCCUGGCUGCUAAACCCCAUCUCUACUAAACCCAUCUCUACUAAAAAUACAAAAAAUUAGCCAGGCAUGGUGGCAGGCCCAUCUACUCAGGAGGCUGAGGCAGGAGAAUGGCGUGAACCCGGGAGGUGGAGCUUGCAGUGAGCCAAGAUCGUGCCAUUGCACUCUAGCCUGGGCGACAGAGCAAGACUCCAUUUCCAAAAAAAAAAAAAAAACACACUAGGCGUAAACAAGAAUGAAGACCUGGAACCCUAGAGAAAAUACUAGAAACCCCUCGUAUCACGUUGUGCCUGAGGACAAUAAUAAAGUAGUUUACUAGGCAUCAGACAUUCCUCAGCAGUGCUGUGGGUCACGGGCAUGAAGCUGAGCUCGAGGCAGGAUUGCUUGUGUUGCUGCAUGUCCUGUCUGCUGUUUUAGCCCGUAUCAGUAGAUGGGGCCAUUGUACUGUUUGUUCUGCACACUUGGCGGAGCAGCAGAGGUUCUGAGCACGCUUUUCCCUUUGUAGUAUUUUCUGAGCUAAGGAAAGUCAGGCAGAAGUAGUUCAUAAGAAGGCAUCACUGCCUGUGAUCGGGGCUGCAUUUAGCCCUGACCUGAUAAUGGUAGGAGAGUUCAUUUAGCCUUUCUGCUGGGAAGAUUGUAAAUAGAUUAAAGAAAACAGCUGUGGCCUUCUCCCGUCAUACAUUAUUAGACUGUGUAAACUAACAUUUUAGAACCUCUAAUAUUGGACUUAAAACCAAUUUCUGUCAUGCUUAAUUGAAAAUCACAACUAAACCAAUAAACCAUUAUUAAAUUUCCAUUCUGCAGCAGAAGGCACCUCUGGACGGCUCCUGGCUUGUAGUUUAAUGAAGUAUGUGCUCCCUGCUGUUAACCCGCAGCCCUCCCCAACUCUCCAGCAGCUUUGCCAAGUCAGCCUCCGGGCCAUCUGGCUGUCCUUGGCCAAGGCACUGUUAACAGAGUGACAUUAACCAUCUUGUAUUGUGACCUGUGGCCGCUUUUCUGGUUUAAGUCCUUCACUUUUUCAAGAGGAAUGGAUGAAAUUAAUGUGCAUGCAGAGUCUCACAGUGAUGCCGGAAGGAAGGAUGUAUAGGCAGUGAAUGAAUGAUCUUUCCUUGAAAUGCUAUAAAAAGCAACUUGCAUUCCAGUCUUUUCUUCCUGGUUGAAGUUGGCAGAUUUCCAUUUGCAGGGUAUGGGCUGUGAGAGUAAUCGGGGUAACAUUGCUGUCAUUUCCAAGAGAAAUCAGUAGGGGAAAGCAAGGGAGGUCUUUUUUGUUUUUCUUUUUUGAGACGGAGUUUCCCUCUUGUUGCCCAGGCUGGAGUGGCAGUGGUGUGAACACGGCUCACUGCAGCCUCCACCUCCUGGGUUCAAGAGAUUCUCCUGCCCCAGCCUCCCAAGUAGCUGGUAUUAUAGGUGCGCACCACCACACCCGACUAAUUUUUUGUAUUUUUAGUAGAGAUGGGGUUUCACGAUGUUAGCCAAGCUGGUCUCGAGCUCCUGACCCCAGGUGAUCCACCCACCUCGGCCUCCCAAAGUGCUGGAAUUAUAGGCGUGAGCCACUGCGCACAGCCUGGAGAGGUUUUAUUUCUUGACAGGUAUUUGAUACUCGUGCAGUCCCUGGAGGGUCUCACUGGAGAGACAACAUUUAGGCUGAGAUCUGAUUAACAGGAGGCAGCUGCAGUGCAGAGGUCAAAAGGGAGGGUGUUCCAGGCAGAGAAAACAGCCUGUGCAAAGGCCCUGAGGCAGAAACAAGCUCUACUUGAGGUCAGCCUGGUUAGAAAGCCCAACUCAAAAUAGAAAGUAGUACAUGAUAAGAUCUGAGGCAGGCUGGACCCAGAUCUUACAGGACAUUGUUAAUAAGGAUCCCAUUUGGUCCCCCACAGUCCUGAGAAGCGGGCAGGGCUGUGGGAAACAGCAGAUACUUAGUGGUAAGCCUGAGAUCAGACCCCAAGUCUGCAUUUCCUAGUCACGUUCUCCCUGUAGUGCUAAGCCCAGAGACCUGAGCUGUUACCUAGAAUAGUAAUUCCUAAGCCUUAAUGUGCAUACCCAUUGCCUGGAGCUCACCUUAAGAUGUAGGUUCUGCCUGAAGCCCAAGUUCAUUUAGUAUGUCAUGGUUAAUUCAGAGUAAAAUCAAGAGUUAGUACCUGAUUUAUGCUUGUUAUAUAAAGAAAGAGACAACUUCACUGUAUGAUCAUUUUGUCACUUUUCAAAAGCACUUAAUUCCCAUUCAAUUGAAAAUGUUUCAAGAACAAACCUAUUUGGUCAUUUUAUUGACAUUGCACAUUUGUAUAUGAAUAAAUUUUUGCAAAUUAAAAAAAAAAAUGUAGGUUCUGAAACAGGGUGAGGUCCAGGAUCCUGCCUUUCUAAGGAGCUCCCACGUUGUGCAGUUGCUGGCACGGGGACCACAUUGAGUGACGGCUCUAUGUCCUUAUGCCUCCAGCUGCUGCCCUGUACAUGUGCAACUGCACGGAGCACUUUACAUCCUCUAAAACCACAGUAAAUUUCUCCAUUUCCUAAGUUACCUCUUCAAGAGAAGACUGGUUUUGAUAUGUCAUUUUUAAAUAAAGGAGAAGUUGAAUUUCAAAACCAAGUGGAACAGGAAAUGAUGUGACUUGGUUGACAUUGAUGUUAACAUUUGGUUCUUGGUGAGUGUUUUGCUUUAUUGUUAAAAACUCGCCACUAAAAGCAUGACAGAACAUUUUAUCAAAUGAUGGCGUCAUCCUUUACCGUAAGUUUGCCCCUAGCAAGACAGCUCUUCCUGAGACGUGCUUGCAGGCCCCUAUGUGGGUUUUCCCACCGCAGUCAUCAUCCGUCAUCUGUGACCUUGCUGCAUUUACUCCAUGCUCACACCCCAGCAGCCCGCCUGGCUUUGGCAUCGCCCUCAGAGGCAUCAAACUUCCCCUGCUGCAAUGUACAAGAGUUAGCCAGGAAGCUUGCAGAGUGCUUUGGUUUUGUUUUUGUUUUUUUGAGAUGUCGCCCUGGCUGGAGUGCAGUGGUACAAUCUCAGCUCACUGCAACCUCCGCCUCCUGGGUUCAAGCGAUUCUCCUGCCUCAGCCUCCCAAGCAGCUGGGAUUACAGGUGCACACCAUGACACCCAGCUAAUUUUUGUAUUUUUAGUAGAGAUAGGGUUUCACCAUGUUGGCCAGCCUGGUUUUGAACUCCUGACCUCAAAUGAUCUGCCUGCCUCGGCCUUCCAAAGUGCUGGGAUUACAGGUGUGAGCCACCAUGCCCAGCUGCAGAGUGCAUUUUUAAGCAAACACAUCAUAUGUCAAUUCUUCAUAUAGUAUUCUUUAAUUUAUCUUGGGAAGCCAAAUAUCCCAUUUAGAAUUCUGUAAGAACUGAUUUUUCAAAUGUAUCUAAUCAACUAGCUAUGAAAGCCCUCUCAUUAUAUUGUCCAAAAAACCUUUGUUUUUUAAAAAAACAAAA